CACUCUGGAGAGGAGGUGGCGGCCGUACGGCAAGAUGGCGGCGGGGGGCGGAGCGGUGGCGGUAAGCCUGCCGGGUGCCGUUGGGCUGUGGCAGGGCCCGGGGCGGCGGGCCGCUCCCUCCCUAUCCACCCGCAGUAACUGCUCGGAGCCGCCGUGCCGAGCCUCCGCACGGGCUUCGGCAGCUCCUCCCCUGCUCGGUGCGGGGGGUGCUGCGCCGUCGGGCCCCUCCUGCCGCCGAGUGGCGAGGGGACACGGCCGAGGGGUGGUUCCGAGGAAACCCCUGAGCUUCCGGGCCCGGUGUUCCUGCGGGCGCGGGGCCGCGACUGACCCGGUACUGCUCUUACUGCUCCUGAGCGCUGCCCUGUAAAGUCUUGAUUUAUGUAGUUGCUGUGUAUCAUAAUGCUGUUUUCUAACUGGCUAAAAAAGUAAUCUUAGAUAAAAUAUACACUUUAUAAAAUUAUAGAAAGUUAUUUAGACCUUGCUUGCUAUAAAAAAAGUGAAAUCGGAAUGAAGCAGGUCACAACGAGGAAAACGGCUGAAGUCAGAAGUUUCUGCAGUGUAUCCUGUGUGCACGUGGAAAUCUCUGUCAGAAGAUAAGUGCUGCUUUAUUAAACAGUGAUAAUUCUGAAAAGUGAACUCUUAAAAAAAAUUCCCACAGGAGAAGUUUGCUUCAGGAAGUGUGUACGAUUACCGGCUACAGCUUCAAGGAGUUGAUUUUCCUUCGUGAAAAGGGGAACUGUGAUGUCUGUGGUACAUCGGCUGACGGCGGGGUGGCUUGUGGAUCAUCUGUCUUUCAUCAACCAGUGUGGCUAUGAGAUCUGUCACUCCUUUGCAUACCGUGGUAACGUCACUCUCAAUGCUUCUGAUGCUUCUACUGAACAUUAUCAUGCUACUUCUACCUUUCCUGCCACAUCCUCACCAAGAGAUGGUCCUACUCCUAGUCGUGGAGAUGCAAUAGAAACAGAAGGUAAAACAGAAAAAAUUAGAUAUAUGUUUCGAGAGGAGUUCUUUGACAUUUCUAAGCCCCAUAUAGCUGCAGCUCCUGAGGAGCAGCUGUGGCAGGGAUGCCCUGAGGUGAUUCUCACAGAAGUAAAGGCCAACAGCAACAGAGAGGAACACCAAGAAGGAACCACGAGUGGUGUCGGAGAUUCCGUUGCCAGUGCUAGGAAGAAACGUAAAAGGAAAUGCGUAUUCAACCAAGGUGAACUGGAUGCUUUAGAAUACCAUUCAAAGGUCAGGAAGCUCAUUUGGGAAGGCACUUUGCAUUUAGUUCAAGAAGGCCUGAAAAGUGGUUUUCUUCACCGCACUACUGCAGAACUCAGUUGCAGGAAGAAUGUUGUUCCUGGACACAUAGGCUGUGGGUUGGCUGAAUUAUGUGAAAUGGCAAAGCAGUUUCCAGCUGUGAAUGAAAGUGACCAUCAAGCUAUACAUGUGCUAGAUGAUGAAACCUCCAUUCCAGAGCAUGAUCUGCUUUCGUGUGUUACAGAAAACAGCUCAGACUGUGCAAAGAUCGUUGUGUUAAUGGGGCAGAAAUACUUGGUGCCACCAAAAAGCAGUUUCCUUUUAUCUGAUAUUUCAUGUUUACAUCCCCUGCUGAACUACAAGAAAAAGUAUGAUGUAAUUGUGAUUGAUCCACCAUGGGACAACAAGUCCGUUAAAAGGAGUAACAGAUACAGCCACUUGUCUUCAUGGCAAAUCAAGCAGAUUCCUGUACCAGCACUAGCUGCUCCAAAUUGUCUUGUAGUCACGUGGGUGACUAAUAGACAGAAGCACUUACGGUUUGUUAAGGAUGAACUUUAUCCGCAUUGGUCUGUGAAAGCACUUGCUGAGUGGCACUGGGUAAAAAUUACUAGAGCUGGAGAAUUUAUAUUGCCGUUGGAUUCUUUACACAAAAAGCCCUAUGAAGUUCUUGUGCUGGGGAGAGUUCAAGAAGAUGUAAAGGAAACAUUAAGGAAAUCUGAAGAUGUACUUCCAAUUCCAGAACAUAAGUUAAUUGUCAGCAUACCUUGCAGUCUGCACUCACAUAAACCUCCUCUUACUGCGGUUCUGGCAGAGUUUAUCAAGCCAGAUGUGGAAUGCUUGGAGUUGUUUGCUCGCAACCUACAGCCUGGCUGGACCAGCUGGGGAAAUGAGGUUUUGAAGUUUCAGCACGUUGAUUAUUUCACUCUUCUGCAGAAUGAAAACUGAGUUGGGUCUUGUAGCUGAAUUCUGCAAUCCCACACCUUCCCAGCAGACUCUUGAACUUGCUUUUAUUACUGAUGGUGCACUCAGAAGGUAACAGGAAUAAAACCAAUUGCACUUCAGUUAAAAUUAGUGAAGUGAAAGGAUAUCUGUUUAAUGGUAUCUCCAUUUGUACAAGCUGGUCCUUUAUUUUGAAGAUCUUGAGAUAUUUAAAUACUGAUGUCAGCGUGUAAGUCCAUCUCUGCUUUUUUCAAACCUCAAGAAAAUAAAGAUAUUUUAAAGCAGUCUCACUGCAGCUAUCAAAUCUGAGCAUCUUAAGUGCUACACUGUUGCACUGGUAUUAUUUUUAAAGAAUGGCAAUGGAAGUAAACAGUUCUGAAUGAUGUUUUCUUAAAGAAGAUUGGGUUUUGCAAAACAGUGGAUUUUGAACUGAAAUAAUUAUGAAGUGUAUCCUCCUACAUGUUAUUAUCUGUCUACCUCAGAGGCAAUAAAAGGAUCAGUGCUUAUAUUAAUUGGCAAAUGAAUUGUUGACUGACCACAUCCUGUGUAAACUCACACUUUUAAAACAGUCAGCAAUCCCAUCUUUCUGUAUAUGGUAUUAAUUCUUUGAAUACAUUGUAAAUGAUCAGUCUCAACAUCUUAAAAAUUCUGCAUAUGAAGCUGUUAGAUUUAACUGAAAUUUUAACAGAUUAUAAGGGUUUUAAAAAUUCUCUUUCCUUAUGUUCUUGGAACAUUAAAAAGCCAUGCAAGUGAGCUGGAUUUUUCAGCUAACAUAAAAAUGAUCUUUUUUUUUUUUUUCUUAAGAAUGGUACGCUUUGUGUGUCCUUUGCUGCCCUUAGAAUUGCUUUGAAAAAUAAAGAAAAGGAGACUUAACGAAGCCUCUGCCACUUAUUCACUUGCAGAGAGGCAGAGGCAGAGCUGCUGGCCAAGCUGAUUCUCCUGAUGGCAAGCUCCUGAGCUCUGACUAUUUAUAAUGGAGAACAAAAUGCCUUGCAUACCUUCUUUGCAUUCAUUCCCCUUUUGGUAGUCUGAUGAGCUGUGAAGGUCUGUAAAUUAAACUUUAAAUGUUAGCAGAUUAUUUUUUAAUAAUUUUGUAAUAAAAAUGAAAAUAAAAACAAGUCAGUAUCUUA